AUGGGAGAACAUAAUUCUGGACGUCUCGCUGUGAUAGCGGUGUCUGUUGUCGGCUUUGCCAUAAGUUUGGUGUUCAAUGGGCUGUCUGUAGUUGGAGUUGGUCCUUAUGUAACCACCACAGCCAACGUGUCUGCUGUGUUUGACACCCAGAUCACACCUUCAGGAUGGACCUUUAACAUCUGGAGCGUCAUCUACGUCUGGCUGACGGCAAUGAUCAUCUACAUCGUCGCGGGACUUUGCAGAAAGAAUGGUAACGGCUACGUUUACUGCAGCCCUCCAGUGUUGCCGUAUGGAUUCUUCAUUAGCUGGUGCCUCAAUCUGUGUUUCAAUAUCGGCUGGCUGCUUGUUUGGGACAGAGGAGAGAUGAUCAUCGCACUGGUUUUUCUCGUCCUGGUCAUCCUCACAAACUACUCCAUGAUAUGCUUCAUCUGCCACGGACUUCAUGUUUAUGGAGCCUGGCUUAAGAAGUACCACAGAGUAGACCUGUGGCUCAUCCGUGUGCUGGUUCAGAAUGGUGUGAUGAUAUACACAACAUGGACAACCAUUGCAACACUAAUCAACCUGAGCAUUGUGCUGACUUAUGAUGUAAAGCUGUCCCCAGCGGAUGCUGCAACCAUCUCGUACUCUGUUUUGGCGGUCGUGCUGGCUGUGUGGUUUGUUUUGGAAAACUUUGUCCUUGACAAACACGUGCGGUACAUCCUCGUCAUCUACCCGGUUGUGAUCUGGGCGCUGUCUGGGAACCUGGACAAAAACUUUGAUGCUGAAUCACCAAGCCGUAACGGCAUCUUCAUUGUUGUGCUGCUGGCUCUAGCCUGUGUGCUGUUCGUCAUUCGGCUUGUGUUGGUGGUUUGGAGACACAUCAGACAGCCGCUCUACACAGACGUCAGUCCUGAAGCCAUGGAGCCGAUGGAGAAAAAGCAGAAAAAGAUAUUCCGCUAAACAUUUUUAUGAUAUAUAACACACAGAAACUUGAUGUCAUGUAUCAUAGAAAAUAGUUGUUUGGCAUUACUUUGUUGAUAAUCAUGAGAACAAAUGUUUAAUUUUGACAAUUUGAAUAAAUGUUGUAAAAUUCUGAUCACAUACAGUAUGAUUUAAAGUGCAAUCUGGUAAAGUUUGCAUAGUUAAUAGAAUUCAAUUAGUGA